AUGAAGCUCCUCCGUCUGUUCACAGGAAACCACCGUGCCGUCGUUCGAUCUCUUGGCCGCCGGAAUUACAGUGCGCCGUCCGAGGAGUAUCUGAAGAGAAAUUAUGCCAACAAUAACGACGAGUACAACACCGUCAUUGGCUCUCUCACUUCUCAGCGAAGAUAUUAUCUAUUGAGGGAUGUGUAUGAUGACAUGAUGCUGGAUGGAGUGAUGCCAAAGAGAGACACAUUUCACUCGCUUGUUGUGGGGACAAUGAGAGGGUCUCGAAUGCAAGACGCGUUUUUCUUCCGAGAUGAAAUGAAAACCAUGGGUUUGGUACCUGAUGUUGCUUUAUACAAUUACUUGAUAUCCACCUGUGGGAAGUGCAGGAAUUCUAAUCAGGCAAUUCAGCUUCUGGAGGAGAUGAAGAGAUGUGAAGUGAAACCCACUGGACAGACUUACAUAUGUCUGCUUCAUGCAUGUGCAGCAACGGGCAGAUUAGAUCGAGUAUAUGCUAUAGUUCGAGAUAUGACUGCUGCUGGUCUUGGUUUGAACAAAUUCUGCUAUGCUGGACUUAUAAUUGCUCACAAGAAUAAAGCAACUUCCUCAGAUGAUACAGCUUCAAAAAUUAUUGAGCUUGUGGAGCAAUCUAAAGGGUGGUCUGCAGUUGACCAUACAAAAGUCAAUGCCGACAAUGUUAUGAAGGGAGUUUCUGAAGAAGAAUUGUACAAUCUCCCGACAGCUGAAUAUAUGCAUCGUCGUGGUGGAUUCAUAUUCAGACAGUUGACUGUAUACCACACAGCAUUUUGGGCUUGCGCUGACCUUAAAGAUGCCCAGGGUACCGAUAAACUUCUGGAGAUGUUCGAGAAGGAUGAAGAAAUUAAAUACCCUGAUGUUUUUAUUUUGAUGCAAGUUAUGAGAUGCUAUCUUCAUGCUGGGGAUAUUGACCGUGGGUUGAAAAUUUUUGAAGAUUACAUGAGUUCGAACCGACCCCCUAUGGUAGAACUAUAUGUGACACUUAUUGAAGGAGCCAUGGUUGGAUAUACACCCAGGGGUAUGCAAAUUGCUCAAGACACUCUGGUCACUAUGAAUUCAAAGGGCUUGUUCUUGAGUUUUAAGAUGGCAAAUGAUCUCCUACUUGUUGCUGCGGGUGAAGAGGAUGGCGGAUAUUUUGUUGCCAACUUCUUAUGGGAUUUGAUGCAAACUCGUAAGAUGACCCCGUCACUCCCUGCUGUUCUGGCAUAUCAUAAGGGUUUGAAACCUCCUCUCAGUAGCGCCGGCAGCCUCCUCUCAAUGGGGCGCUACGCACUGAUGGGUGCCGCCAGCCACCGGGCCAUGCUCUUGGCCACUGCCGCUUCGCGGUCUUCUCAGAUGGGUAGCGGUUUGCCAUGUAACCAGUUGACUUCAUGA